AUGAGUGAUCAAAAUACUGAACAAAGCCAGCCUUUUGCAGAUAUAUUUGCUGCCAUCGCAAUGAUGCUCAAAGAUAGGUAUCCAAUAUUCUGCUCAGUUUUUGCACCUCAAGAGAAUUUCAAAAAAAAUGACCUCAAUUUACAAGAUGAUUUCCCAGAUUACGAACUAAAAGAUCAAGACUAUAAUUAUAGCACCGAAACUACCUCUAAUUUAGCUGAAUACGAAAAAUAUGAUUUCGAUAUUAUUUAA